GCCUGAGGGUACAACAAGUCAAGAUGCACCCAGGUGUCCUGGCUGCCUUCCUCUUCUUGAGCUGGACUCGUUGUUGGUCCCUGCCACUUCCCAAUGAUGAGGAUGAUGACGAUUUGUCUGAGGAAGACUUCCAAUUUGCAGAGCACUACCUCAAAUCAUACUACCAUCCCCUGAAUCCUGCUGGCAUCCUGAAGAAGAGUGCAGUGAGCUCUAUGGUUGACAGGCUCCGAGAAAUGCAGUCGUUUUUUGGCUUAGAGGUGACUGGCAAACUUGAUGAUAACACCCUAGAUAUCAUGAAAAGACCAAGAUGUGGGGUUCCUGAUGUUGGUGAAUACAAUGUUUUCCCUCGAACUCUCAAAUGGUCCAAAAUGAAUUUAACCUACAGAAUUGUGAAUUAUACCCCUGAUUUGACUCAUUCUGAAGUGGAAAAGGCAUUCAAAAAGGCCUUCAAAGUUUGGUCUGAUGUGACACCUCUGAAUUUUACCAGGCUUCACAAUGGCACUGCUGAUAUCAUGAUCUCUUUUGGAACUAAAGAGCAUGGCGACUUCUACCCAUUUGAUGGACCUUCUGGUCUCCUGGCUCAUGCUUUUCCUCCUGGGCCAAAUUAUGGAGGCGACGCCCAUUUUGAUGAUGACGAAACUUGGACAAGUAGUUCCAGAGGCUACAACUUAUUUCUUGUUGCUGCCCACGAGUUUGGCCAUUCCUUAGGUCUCGACCACUCCAAGGACCCGGGAGCACUCAUGUUUCCCAUCUACACCUACACAGGCAAAAGCCACUUCAUGCUUCCUGAUGACGAUGUACAAGGGAUACAGUCUCUUUAUGGUCCAGGGGAUGAAGACCCCAACCCUAAACAUCCCAAAACGCCAGACAAGUGUGAUCCGUCCUUAUCCCUUGAUGCCAUUACCAGUCUCCGAGGAGAAACAAUCAUCUUUAAAGACAGAUUCUUCUGGCGCCUGCAUCCUCAGCAGGUUGAUGCAGAGCUGUUUUUAACAAAAUCGUUUUGGCCAGAACUUCCCAACCGUAUUGAUGCUGCAUAUGAACAUCCUUCCCAUGACCUUAUCUUCAUCUUUAGAGGCAGAAAAUUUUGGGCUCUUAAUGGUUAUGACAUUCUGGAAGGUUAUCCAAAAAAAAUAUCCGAACUAGGAUUUCCAAAAGAGGUUAAAAAGAUAAGUGCAGCUGUUCACUUUGAGGACACAGGGAAGACUCUCUUCUUCUCAGAAAACCAGGUCUGGAGCUAUGAUGACACUAAGCAAGUGAUGAAUAAAGGCUACCCAAGACUGAUAGAAGAGGACUUCCCGGGAAUUGGUGAUAAUGUAGAUGCGGCCUACGAGAAAAAUGGUUAUAUCUAUUUUUUCAAUGGGCCCAUACAGUUUGAAUACAGCAUCUGGAGUAACCGUAUUGUUCGUGUCAUGCCAGCAAAUUCCCUGUUGUGGUGUUAAGUGUCUUUUAAAUAUUGUUAUUUAAAUCCUGGAGUAUUUGGGGUAAUGCUUCCACCAAUAUGGGAGGGAGGGGGCUGGGAGAGGGAGAGGUAUCAGGGGAAAGCUUAGUUCUGUGAACAAGCUUCAGUAAGUUAUCCUUAAAUAUGUAAUAUCUUUAUGACUAUGCGUGGCUGGAACCACAUUGAAUUUUAAAGUAAUGAAAUUCAGUAUCUCUAAGGAUCACCUUUUUGUGUGUUAUCAGAGUAAUAAUUGGUAAAAUUUCCCACAUCAAAAAUGGAAUGUAUGGUUUAUCAAAGAGAGUUAGCAUAAUUUUUAAUAUGUUUAUAAGGAAAUUUUGCAAAGACAUAAGAGCAUAUCGCAUUUAUAUAAUUAAUAAAUCAUAUUUGUCAAAAAAUUUAAAAUAGUAUGAAAAUGGAAUUUGGGGGGAACAUAUAGUAGCCAUAGAUGAACAAAGAUAAACUAAAAGGAAAUGUCUGUAAUUAAUAUAUUGGAAACAAGUGACAAAGAAAUAAUUUGGGUUUUGCAUGGAAAAUAUUUGGAUGUACAUGUACUUCUUCAUAUGGACACUAAGGACAUAUCAAAGUCACUACAGAUAGGAGACAGAGACAGGUGAGGACCUGUGAGGACAGUAGACGUGGUCUUUGAAUUCUGGUUAAUUUUCACUUUGACAAAGACUCAAAGGCUACUCUCAAAGAAGACAAAUAUUUCUUUGCAUAUUUAUAGAAGAUAAAGAGAGACAAUUUCUCUUUGUAUUCAAAUAUUCUCAGUCUCUCAAAAAUAUCAAAGUCAAGUAUUGAAAUUGUUACCAAAAUGAUCUAAGACCACAGCAUCACUUUUCAUAAAUUAUCUGAUUAAGACUAAAAGUAGUGGGGUUUUUUCCCCCUAUUUUAUCAAGAUAAUUGUUUUAAUUGUCCAGUUACAUUGAAUAUAUAGGCUAUUUUUUAUAGCUAUAGAUUAAAAUAUAUUUUAUAAAUUGGAAGGAUAUAUGUUAAAACAGAGACAACAGAGACAUCCAAAAUAAGGAAAACAGUUUAAAUAAAUUGUGGUCCUCUUGAGGACAUGGAACAGUGCCUUUCUCUCUCUCUCUCUCUCUCUCUCUCUUUAAAUCCCUCAGUACUUUUUAUAGUGCCUGGCACUUGGCACUUUUGAAUAUAUGAAUGGCCAUAGAGGAAAGAACCAUUAUUCUGAGAGAUCUUGUUUAUAAAAACUCAGGCAAAGAAAAGAUAGUAUGUUAUAUUCACAAAAUGUAUU